AUGGCCUCGCAACAGCAACGCUCGGCCUCGGUGGCCGGCACCCGAGAAAAGACCUACUUUGAGCAGCAGAGAGAGGAGUUGAUCGGGGAAAUCGCCAUGUCAGUCACUGACGCGGUGUGUGUGGGGCCCAACGAGCAGAGUUUCGAGCAUGUCCUCGCCAACAUCAACAAGCUGAACCGGUCUCUCGAGGCCGUCAUCGCUGUGGGCAACGAGUUCUCCUCGGUCGAGGCGCUGUGGUCGCAGUUCGAGAACGUCAUGGCCAAGGAAGAACCUGAGGAGGGCGGCGCCGCAAAGUCGGAGGAUCGGCAAGAGGGCCAGGAAGAAGCGGAUCGCGUGAAGGUCGAGGGAAGCGAGUGA